AUGAGGCUGACCUCAGGAGCAGAUAGACAUGGCCGACAUCGCCCCUUCGCAACAUGGAUGCGCCGACUAGCGAACCUCAAGCCCCUCCAUGUAGAUUCCAGCGAUGCCGCUGCCAGUCCGAGACGUUCCAAUCUCCACAUGACCAUCAAAUCCAAGAAAGGCAAUAUUGCGAAGAACAAUCCCUACCCUCUGUCCUCCCGCCCCGAGGCUCACAGUCAUGGCCACCUAUCCUCCUCGGCUCCUCUGUCAUCGCAGAGAUCAAGACAUAGCUCCAUAUCACAGAGCAAGAACUCAGUGUCUGUCUCCCACGACAGCCAGGCUGGCAACAAGUCAAGGGCUCCUACUCUGGCCACACAGGCAGAGACGACCAGGUCGGAUGCUGCUCCUUCGGGAGUAGGGACCAGUGCCACGGCUACCAAAACAGAUGGCGGAAGAGACAGUACAUUUUCGUCACCUGCGCCUUCGGUCCGGUCUAUGGCAACCACCCUGACUACCGUUCAGUCAAUAGCACCUGGACAGAACAAUCCUACGGCUCCUAUGUUGACAAAUGCGUCCACCGCAAGCAACUCGACUCCCUCAUAUGGUGGCCCGCCUGCCACUGCUGUCCCUGCACACCUCGCACCUCACGCACACCCUACGACCUACCAAUCCGCCACCGCCAACAACAUCCUCACAGAUGACGCCUCCAUUUUAACUUUGGCAUCAUCCUCCAAGCGACGCCGGCGAAAUUCCGUCGACACCAAUGCCUCUAUGAAGGCUCUUGCUCCAGCAUCCAUGUUCGGCGGUAGUCGUGAAUCCCUUCCCCUUUCCGUCUUGUCCGGAACUGUCAUUCAUCCUACUGCGGACAAUGCUUCGUUUCGGGAGGGUGGUGGUACCGUCCACACGCGAUCCAACUUCAGCGCCGAAAGAGCCAGUCUGAUUUCAGCUUCUGGCGUCACUGCACCGGUUCUGGCAAGCGAGCGGAACAGUUAUAUCGGCAGCAAAUACGGCGAUGGCGCUAGUGUGCGCAGCGGACUCCUAGGCGCAGGACACGGGCGGAACGAUAGCAUGAGCGGCAGUAUUGGAGGUCAGCGCGAGAAGGAAAAGGAAAGAGAGCGUGAGAAGGACCGAGAAAGUGGAAUGGUCACUGCGCCUACAAGCCCGUUGGUCGAUGGGCCAGGUGCGGGAACACAAUAUACUUCGGCCCUUGGGGAUUUUGCGAAGGCCUCGGACACGGAGGGUGCCGGCCACGUUAAUGGCUGA